AUGUUCCAUCAAAGCUCUCGGACUGUGCGGACGUGUCUUACAGAGCUCUACAAAAUGUCUGACUUUUUGAUGAAGGUUGUGAAGUGUUUAGACCAAAUCAAAGCUCAAGGCCUUUCCAAUCUCGAAUAUGAUGGAAAGAAGCUCAAAUGGAGAAAUGAUUUUGCGGAACUAAAAAAAAUUAUCGAAGAUAGUCUUGGUAUUAAAGGCAAAUGGUCGUCGCCCGGUGGCGGUACUAAAAGAUUCAAGGAAGAAAAUGGCCAACUUAUACUAAAUUGGUAUUUUAAGAAGCAAUGCACCUUGUUAUUUCAAGGUACGGAGGCAGACGGCUUAAAGAAUAAACUGAUAGAUCUACUUGCCAAAGAAAAGCCUCAAUCUUUCAUCGAGCAAGAAGGAAAUAUAUCCGGUAAUGGCGGGUUUCCAGACGAAGCCGACAGCAUCCUCGCUGUUACUGUGGACAGUGAACAGCAACCAUUUACUAGUUUAUCAUCUACUAGCGAAAACCUAAACGUACCUACCGACAACUGUCCUUGUAGAUGUAAAUCAAUGGCAACCGAAAUUGAAGGGAUAAAACUGGACAUAGUCAUCCUACAAAGCCAAAUGUCGAGCGAAAGCACAAAGACUAAAUGUACGAACGAAGAAAUAAGCAAGUUACAAAUUGAAUUAAAAAACGAACAGCAUAAAAAUGCUAUACUAAAAGAUCGAGCAACGAGAGCUGAGGAAGAACGAGAUUCGCUUCGUCUUGCGUUAAAACUUCUCAUGCAAGACCAAUCCGUUGACAAUAUUAAUCCUUCGACUAAGACUAAAGACCAAGAGCAAGGCAAUUGCUGGAAUACAGUACCGAAGACCAGAAAUAGAACAAUAAGCAGUAACAUCACAUCAAAUGUAAACGGCAAUGCAACUGGCGGAGUAGCUGAAUGUACAUGGUGCCAAAACAACUUUCUGGUCUUAGAUGACCUAAAUGAAUCCUGCAGAAUUAUCGACGAGAUGCAGAUAAAAAAACGAAUUGGCAGCGAUGGAAGCAACGAGGGCAAAGAUAAACCGCCAGCAAGCAAGCGUCAGCAAGCAAGAGUACAAAACAACAAAAAUACUGUAGUAGUAGGAGACUCGAUUGUCAAAGGUUUGCAGCAACACAAACUUUCGAAAGCAGCAAAGCAGAACGUGGGUGUGAAAUGCUUCCCAGGAGCGACUGUUGGUGAUAUGAGCGAUUAUAUAAAACCCGUGCUACGUCGAAAGCCAGAUAUCGUUAUUCUACAUGUGGGAACAAACAACGCCACUAACAAAAAAGCAAGCGAGAUAGUUAAUGACAUCGACAAAUUAUGCCAAGAGGUCAAAGAAAUUGAUCCCAACGUUGAAAUAAUAUUGUCUGAAUUGACCAACAGAGAGGACAAUGCAAAGGCCAAAACAACUGUUCAAGAGGUAAAUCGUUUGUUAGCAGAUUACUGUACUGCGACUAAUUUAAAUUUAAUUAUACAUAACAACAAUAUCCUCAGUAAGUCGCUUAACAGAUCCAAAUAGCAUCUGAAUAAGUUAGGAUCUUCUACUUUAGCUAAAAACUUUAUUAGUUAUUUACAUAAUUUUUAGCCUAGGUAAAGUUCCAACUCUUUACAGCAAAAUUUCCGACACCGAACCAAAAGAGCCAAGUUGCUCCAUUGAGAAGAUUAUUCCACAAACAAAGUGUGAAAAUAGCAUUACAUUUUUACAAUCUUUGAAAGGAUUUAGAGUUGGGCAUUUAAACAUCGCUUCGUUAGUCAAGCAUGUUGAUGAAUUAAAAAUAUAUUUGGAAAAAGAACCACUGGAUGUUUUGAGCAUUAACGAAACUCGUUUGGAUGAAACAAUUAGUACAGAUACUGUUAGUAUACCCGGUUACGACAUGGUUGCCAAAAAUCGUAAUCGGCAAGGAGGCGGUGUUGCAAUUUACCAUCGCAGUAUUUUGAACGUAAUUGAUAGAGAUGAUUUAGUCCCAGACGACGUCGAGGCUGUUUGCCUCGAAAUUAUUAAGCCUAAAUCUAAACCUGUCUUAGUUGCAUCUGCAUAUAGGCCACCGAAUUCGCAAAUUGAAUUCCUUGAUAAAAUUGAAGUAUUAUUUCAAAACCUUGACAACGAACAUAAAGAACUAAUUAUCGUGGGCGAUUUAAAUUGUGAUUUUUUAUCCAACAAUUUAAGCAAUCACACUAAACGUUUUAAUGAUAUAGUUAAUAUAUUCCAGCUGACACAGUUGAUUGACCAGCCUACACGAAUUACCGAAAAAACAGCUUCUCUUUUGGAUGUCGCUCUUGUAAACAAUCCUGAAAAGAUUUCGCACUCAGGAGUAUUGCAUGUUGGAAUAAGUGACCAUAGCUUGAUCUACGUUUGUAGAAAAAUUUCGUUUGUAAAAAAUGAUCCCAAAUUUGUUGAGUCAAGAAAUUUUAAAAACUACAUACAGCGAGACUUUAACCAAGACUUAUACCAUGCUUUAUCUAAUUUAAAUUGGGAGAUAAAUGAUCCAAAUAUGCUUUGGGAGAACUUUCAAACAACAUUCAAUUAUGUUGCUGACAUUCAUGCUCCACUUCAAAGCCGUAAAGUUAUAAACAGAAAGGCACCGUGGCUGACUGAUGCAAUUAAGAAAAGUAUGAAUCGCCGAGAUUAUCUCAAGAAGAAAGCUAUUAAGACAAACUCAACUGCAUGCCACAAUGCUUACAAAAGUCUUCGCAAUGAGAUUAACAAAAAAAUUAUGUAUGCAAAGCGAGAUUAUUACACAAACUGUGUUGACAGAAACAGAAAUAAUACAAAGCAAAUGUGGAAACAUAUUAAUCAGUUAGUUAAUAAAAAUUCUAGAUCAACAAAUAUAUCAGUACUACAAAUAGACGAACAGGUUAUUACUGAAAAUGAAACUAUAGCUGAUUUGUUCAAUGAAUAUUUUACUGAUAUAGGACCAAAUCUGUCGAACCAGAUCACGGAAACUAACACUGAUUUUAAACGUUAUAUGCAAUUUAAAACUCAACAUAAGUUCAAUUUCGAAAACAUUAAUAUCAAUGAAGUGUUAAAUGCACUGGAGAAAUUAAAGACGUCUAAGUCAACUGGACAUGAUAAUAUCCCAGCAAAACUUUUGAAAGAUGCGAGUGAUGCCGUGGCGCCUUUUUUAGUAUUUAUUUUUAAUACUUCACUCAAACAUGGAAUUUUCCCUGAUGAUCUUAAGACUGCAAGAAUUUCUCCAAUUCAUAAACCUGGUGACAAAAAAAAUCGAGGCAAUUAUAGACCGAUUUCCAUUCUUUCGAUUAUUGCUAAGUUAUUUGAGAAACUUGUCUGUACACAGCUCAAUUCCUUUUUAACUGAAAAUAAUAUUCUGAGUUCGUGUCAGUCUGGUUUCCGUAAAAAUUAUUCCACCGCAUCAGCCCUUUUAGCAAAUAUGGAUUCAUGGUUACUUAACAUGGAUGCUGGGAUGGUAAACGGAGUACUUUUUCUGGACUUAUGUAAAGCAUUUGAUACGGUUGAUCAUGUAAAUUAUCUAUCUAUGGAAUCCAAAAUAAGGCCUUAG